CACGCGUCAGUAUAAAAAUCGUCGAGCGGUGACCAAAACAACGCAAAACCGGCCGCAAUCUGGCGAUUCCGCGGAUCGGAGUCGAAAAUGAAUGCUUCUGCUGUUAAUAAACGAUUAGUGAUCUCGUUGUACCGUGAUCUGCUUCGCUACUGUGCACAACUGCAGUACACGGAUAAGGAUUUCUUCCGAGCCCGGAUACGCCGAGAGUUCCGCCAGUCGGUCUCGCUAACCGAUCCGAAGGAGAUCGAGUUCUGCUAUAAGAAAGGACGUGCGGUGUUGGAGCGUGCCCGCGUCAUCUAGCGCACUCGGAUGAUCAGCAUGCUUUGUCGCUACGCCUCUUGCCUUUCGCUGUGGCCUACUAUCGCUGUUCGCACAUCAACCGCUACUACCACCAUCACGAAC